AGCCCCAGCCAGACAUUGGCCUGCCCCGUGAGAGGCUGUCCCGGGCAGAGGAGCUCAAGGAAAGGAAGAGGAUCCUGAGGGAGAACCGCCGCAAUGCUGAGAUGGAGCGGGCGGCGCGGCUCCGCACCGUGCUCAUUCCCCUCGACGAGGUCAGGGCUGAGUGGGAGAGGACCAGCGGCCCGUUCCACAAGCAGCGCGUGGCCAAGCACUGCGGGCUGUUCCGGGACCUGUUCAAGGGGGCCACCUUCACCCCCUGGGUGGCCCUGAGGGUGCACUACAGCCAGGAGGACGAGUACCUCGUGCCAGUCUACUAUGGGAACAUGGUGACUCCAUCAGAGGCUUCCAGUCCCCCUGAAGUGUCAUAUGAGGCAGACAAAGGCUCCCUCUGGACCUUGUUGCUUACAAAUCCAGAUGGACAUUUGAGGGAUGCAGACUCGGAGUACCUCCACUGGCUGGUGACAAACAUCCCAGGCAGUGACAUCAAGGCUGGUAAGGAGAUGUGCCACUACCUGCCCCCUUUCCCUGCCAUGGGGACAGGCUACCACCGCUUCAUCUUCCUGCUCUUCAAGCAACACGGGCCCAUCGACUUCAGCCAGGACGCUCGGCCCACACCCUGCUACAGCCUGAAGAUGAGAACCUUCAGCACGUUUGACUUCUACAGAAAGCAUAAGGAUGCCAUGACCCCGGCAGGGCUGGCAUUUUUCCAGUGUCAGUGGGACAGCUCUGUCACUUCCACCUUCCAUCAGCUGCUCAACAUGAGGGAGCCGGUGUUCGAGUUCGUGCGGCCGCCGCCGUUCCACCCUCCGCAGGUGAAGUUCCCUCGGCACCAGCCCCUGAGGUACCUGGACAGGUACCGGGACACACAGGAGCCCACCUAUGGCAUCUACUAGGAGCUGUCCCCUCUGUGUCCCUGGGAUGCUGCCUCCUGGAUUUCCUGUGCUCCCCUCACUGCCUCAGGAGGGAAGUGGCAAAGUCUCAGCUCCCAGUUCCCCUGGGUGCUCACAGGGCUAGCAGACAAGAACAUUCUUGUGAAGAACAUAACAAGAACAUUCAAAGUUAAUCCAUAGCCAGGCUGAAACCUUGCUCCUGAUUCUGCAGCAGAGCUGGCAAUGACUG